AUGAUAAAGUCUUUGAGAAAUUUGGUCAUUAAUGAAAAAAAAUUAAAGGGAUUUUUAUUAAGAAGAAAUUAUAUCAUUAAAGUAAAUAAUUAUACAGAUAAUAAAAAAAAAACAAUAAAUGUAAAUAAGUUAAAUAAAUAUUUAGAUGUACAAGGGAGUAAAAAUGGGUAUAUGGUGAAUAAAAUAAAUUUAUUUAAUAAUAUGAAUUAUUCUUACAAUAAAUGGAAUAAAAAUGUGUCUAAUAAAAACAUUAUUUUAACAAGUAACAUAGAAUCUGUUUUAAAAAGAAGUAAUAUAAAUAAUUACAAAGAAGAAACAAAAAAUGAAAAUAUUAAAAUAAAUAAUUUAAAUAAAUUAACAAAUGCUGAAAAAAAUAAGAGUGCGAAUAGAAUUUUUUGUAAUAAGUAUUAUGCAAGAAAUUUUAGUGAUAUUUCUAAUAAUAUAAAUGAAAAAGUAAAAAAAGAAGAAGCACAAGUUACUGAUGUUACAAAAGAAAAACAAUUAAAUACUACUAAUAAAAAUAAUAAAACAAUAAAACAAAUGUAUAUAGAUAAAAAACAAAAAGAAAAGUUGAUAAAAUUGUAUUUACUUUUAAGUUUAAUAUUAAUUCCAUUUGGAUACACUUAUAUGUAUUGUUUACAAAAUAAUCUAACAAUAGAUGAUUUAUUAAAAAUAAUAAAAAAAAGGUCAGAAAUAAUCGAAAAUAAAUAUAAUGAUUUAUUACAUGAAUUUAUAGAUAAGUACUUUCCCUUAAGCAAUGAGCCCUUAUUACCAGAUUUUAAAGAUUUAAAUUAUCCUGAAAACUUACCAACUUUAGUUAUUGAUUUAAAUUAUGUAAUUGCAAAACUAGAAUAUGAUAGAAAAACAGGAUGGAGAGUAUUAAAGAGGCCAUAUGCAGAUUUAUUUUUUAAAGAAUUGUCAAGUUUUUAUGAAAUUGUCAUUUGGUCUGAUGAUAACUUUCCUGUUGCACAAGAGGUAGUAUCAAAAUGGGGGAUACCUGCAAUAGGAUGUUUACACAGAGAUCAAUGUUCCAAAAAAAAAAAAUUUUAUGUAAAAGAUUUAAAAAGAUUAGGAAGAAAUUUAGAUAGGGUAGUAAUCAUAGAUCAUGAUAUACAUGCUUUUAUGUUACAACCUGAAAAUGGAAUAUUAAUUAAGGAAUUUCAUGGAGAUGUAGAUGAUAAAGAAAUUUUAUGUCUUAUUGAUUUAUUAAAAUCUUUUGCUAUUAGUACAUAUGAUAUUAGACAAUUUUUAAAAAAAUAUGGUGGAGGAGAUUAUAAUAUAGGAAAAAGAUAUUUACAAUUAAAAAGUGAUACAGAACAAAAAUCAAAACGAAUUAGAAGUAUAGGAAAAAUUUUUCAACUAGAUAAUAAAAAAACACCUAAUGGCAUUUCUUUUAACUCUUAA